UUAUGUUUAUAUAAGGCGGUGAUUCACCAAGGUUUUAAGUUGAAUAAAGCCUGAUUUUACUUUGUUUUACAAUUAUGGUUUCGACAAUUUAUUCAACUUAAUAUAAGUGUCUUCAAUAUGGAUACUGUACUGAAACCUGCUCGUCUUGAUUUGGAUCCUAAUUCACCAUCUGCAGCUAAAGAAUGGAAACAUUGUCAUAAGACCUUUACUAACUUUCUCACAGAGUGUGAUUCAAGAGCUCCACAUAAGUAUCGUAUUCUUAUUAACUACGUAUCACAUAACGUGUAUGAAUAUAUUGAAGACUGUACUGAUUAUGAUUCAGCGCUCAAAGUAUUAAAUCAGCUAUUUAUUAGAAAGCCGAAUGAAAUAUUUGCUCGACAUUUACUCGCUACUAGACGGCAAAAGCCAGGCGAAACACUCGUAGAAUUUAUUCAGGAACUUCGGAGACUAAGAAAGGAUUGUAAUCUAAAAAGUGUUACGGCUGAACAGUAUCGGGAGGAACUAAUUCGAGACUCAUUUAUUAAUGGUCUACUUUCCCCAUUAAUUCGUCAACGUCUUCUAGAGAACAGUACAUUAGAUUUGAAAUCUGCUUUUGACCAAGCUAAUGCUUUAGAUUUAGCACAGAAGAACGCGGAAACGUAUACUAUGCCCACUGUUCCCACACCUACAGUGGCAGCUGUUUCAGUAACAGAACAGACCUCGAAAGCUGCUGCCUCCAAUGACGAUGCCCCUCUUGCCGGAACAUUUACAUCAAAGAAAUGUUAUUUCUGUGGUAAUUCUAUUCAUAAUAGAAGAAAUUGCCCUGCCCGAAAUUGUGUGUGUGACAGCUGUGGCAAGAGGGGGCAUUAUGCAAAAGUUUACAGGUCAAAGGCCCCUACGGUUGCUUCAAUAUUUUCGCCUUCACUUUGUGCAAUCGUGACUUCCUGUCCAGAGUCUUUGAAGCAAGCAUCUGUAAUGGUUUCUAUUGGAAACAAACCGUUGACUGCACUUGUUGAUUCUGGAAGUUCUGACAGCUAUAUAAGUGAGAGCAUGGCUAAACACCUUGAUCUUCAUUUUCAUCCGUCAACACAAGAUGUAUCUAUGGCCCUGAGUUCCCUCAAGUCACAUGUUGUUGGUCACUGCUAUGUAGAAAUUGCUCUGAAUGAACGUAUGUUUCCAUCCUGUCGUCUGGGAAUACUUAAAGAUCUUUGUAGCGAUAUAAUCCUAGGUCAGGACUUCCAAAAAGAGCACAAGAGUAUUAUUAUCGAAUAUGGUGGUUCUAAACCAGAGCUGAUGAUUCCAAAGUCUACCCCUGUUUGUGCUUUCUCUGCUGCAUCAGUUGAAGAGCCGUCUCUUUUUGCGAAUCUUCGUCCAGAUUGCAAACCGAUAGCAAGUAAAUCGAGACGCCUUAGUAAGGAAGACCACGAUUUUAUACUACAGGAGGUUAAUCAGCUUCUCUCGGAAUUGAUCAUUGAACCCAGCAAUUCACCAUGGAGAGCACAGGAUGUUGUUAAAGAUCCGUUGAAUAGACAUAAGAACCCAGCGGGCAAAAUGACGUUUAUCGAACGUUGAAUCAACGUUGGAAAUGACCUUCUAGACGUUGGAUGGACGUUGAAACAACUGUUUCGACGUUGAAACAACGUUGAAAUUAGGUUGCCAAUCUCGUCAACCAUAAUUCAAUGUUGAAUCCACGUUAAAACAACGUUGAGAUUGGUUCGUAAAUCGACGUCGUACAUUUAACCAUGAAUGAACGUUAAUUCAACGUAUGUUGGCUGCUGUUGCACCAAUGUUUGUAAAACAACGUCAGAGCAAAGUAGAUAUUAGGUUGUCGACGUCGCAACCUUUUUUCUACCAAAUUUCAACGUUGAAACAACGCCGUGUGCCCGGUGGGAAGCGGCUCUGCAUAGACUACUCGCAGACCGUUAAUCAGUAUACCGAGCUUGAUGCCUAUUCUCUACCACGGAUUGAUGAUAUGAUUAACAAUCUUGCUAGCUACAAAUUUUUCUCAACUUUUGAUCUUAAAUGUGCCUAUCAUCAAGUGCCAAUAAAGGAAGCUGAUCAGAAAUAUACUGCCCUUCGAAGCCAAUGGAAGACUCUAUCACUUCCAACGUGUGCCUUUUGGGGUUACAAAUGGGGUAGCAGUUUUUCAAAGGGCAAUGGAUAAGUUUGUCGAUGAGGAGGGACUCAAAGAUACCUUUCCAUAUUUGGAAAAUAUAACAGUAGCGGGGCGAGAGCAAGAAGAGCAUGAUGAAAAUGUCCAGAAGUUUCACGAAGCUGUCCGUCGAAGGAAUCUUACCCUCAAUGAAACGAAAUCUGUUGAAUCGAAGUCGUCAAUCAAUUUACUUGGAUGUGGUAUUGAACAUGGUGUAAUUACUCCGAUCGAGAAAGGCUAUGCCUCCUGGAAGAGUUUCCACCAGAAGAGAAUGCCCGAACCCUACAGAAAGUAGUUGGUAUGUUCGCCUAUUAUCCAAAAUGGAUACCCCAUUUUUAUGACAAGAUCAAACCUUUGAUGAAGGAUGUAACAUUCACACUGGAUUCGGACGCUCUAGCUGCAUUCAAUACUCCCAAGAAAGAACUUGGGAACGCAGCUCUUCAACACGUCGAUGAGAGCCUUCCGUUUGUGGUGGAAUGCGAUGCCUCGGAAGUGGCGCUCUCUGCUACGUCAAAUCAGGCUGGACGACCAGUUGCAUUCAUGACGAGGAUACUCCAUGGCAGUGAAUUACACUAUCCUGCAGUAGAGAAGGAGGCAAUGGCUAUCGUAAAGGCGGUUCGCAAGUGGCAGCAUUUUCUUGCUCGUCGUCAUUUUACUCUGAAAACGGAUCAGCGUUCGGUAGCGUUCAUGUUCGAUAGCAGAAAACGAACCAAGAUCAAGAACAAUAAGAUCCAGGCUUGGCGACUCGAGCUUGGUUCCUUCAGCUAUACAGUGGAUAUCGGUCUGGAAAGGAUAAUGUUGCUCCUGAUUCAUUCACACGCGCAUUCUCUACCUCGAUGUCAUCAAACAACCUCGAAGAAAUCCUUAUUGGGUUGUGUCAUCCCGGUGUAACUCGAAUGUUACAUUUGGUAAAGUCCAAGAACCUUCCAUACUCCACUGAAGAAGUUAAGAAAGUGUGUUCAGCAUGGCGAAGUUGCGCCGAAUUGAAGCCUCAGUUUUAUCGUCCGCAGCAACCCGGAAACCUCAUCGACGCCACACAGCCUAUGGAGCGACUUAGUAUCGACUUCAAGGGUCCACUACUUACUGCUACUCGUAAUGCAUAUAUACUCACUGUUGUGGAUGAGUACUCCCGUUUCCCAUUUGCCUUUCUUUGUCCAAAUAUGCAAUUCUCAACCGUCAUCAUGUGUCUGAAUCAGUUAUUCAGUCUUUGUGGCAAGCCAAACUAUAUUCACUCAGAUCUUGGUACCUCUUUCCUUUCUCGGCAACUAAAGGCCUAUCUAACGAAACGAGGAAUAGCAACGAGCAGAACUCCGCCGUGCCAUCCAAGUUGAACGAUACAAUGAUAUCAUCUGGAAGGCGGUUCGUCUUGCUCUAAGGUCAGCUAAUCUACCGGAUUCAAGAUGGGAACUCGUACUCGCUGAUGCACUUCACUCGACUAGAUCACUUCUCUGUACGUCAACUAAUGCAACUCCACAUGAAAUUUUUUUCAACUUUCAUCGUCGUUCAUCAUAUGGUGUGUCCCUGCCAUCAUGGAUGCAACCUGGUCCCGUAUUGCUACGUCGAUUCGUUCGAACGAGUAAGAACGAUCCACUUGUGGAUGAAGUGGAGUUAACGGAUGUUAACCCAACCUGCGCACGUGUACGUUACGCCGAUGGGAGAGAAUCGUCUGUUUCUCUACGUGAUCUGGCUCCCAGCCCGCCUUCUUCCAUCUAGAAUGGAACCCCCCUUGAACCUCAACCUUCGCAAGAACCCUUACCUGCAUCUGAUGGAUUUCCUCCAGCGCCAAACUCUACGACCCUGCAAGUUCCUGAGAUUCCGUCAGCAGCGGAUAAUGCUGAACACGAGUUGUUAACAAAGGAAACUGGUCUAAGGCGUUCUACUCGUGUAAGCAAACCACCAGCUCGUUACGGUUGGUAA